AUGGCUAAAGUACUCCAGAAGGUUGAAUCAACUGAUGUAGGGGUAAAAGAAAUGAUAGCCUCACUGAAUCAGAGGAAGAAUGGAUCAUUACCAAGUGACACCAUUCAGAAUCCCAAGAAGGAUGGGCACUGCAUGGCCAUCGCCACCAGGAGUGGUAAAGUUCUUACUGACCCUAUGUUUGCAGGUACCAAACAUGAACAUGUCUUGGAGCAAGCUGGCAAAGAUGAUCAUGAAACUGUACAAGUAGAUGACUUAGAGGAGGUUCAACAUAAAUCACAACCCGCGAGAGGAAAAGAGAAAGAGGUCAAGGAAAACCUUCCUUUACAGCAGAUUCCCAAACCACCUCCCCCUUUCCCUCAGAGGCUUAGAAAGAAAGUUGAAGAUGGGAAGUUUACAAAAUUCAUUACCAUGUUGAAGCAACUUUCAAUAAACAUUCCACUGGUGGAAGCUCUGGAGCAGAUGCCAGGAUAUGCCAAGUUCAUGAGGAUAUGCGCCAUUGCUACUAGAUCUUUGGUUCAGAAAAAGGAAGACCCAGGUGCAUUCACUAUUCUAUGCACCAUCGGGUCAAUCAGCUUUGCAAAAGCGUUGUGUGAUCUAGGAGCCAACAUCAACUUAAUGCCACUAGCCAUAUAUAAGAAACUGGGAUUGGGAGUUCCAUGA